GUUCUCGCGUAAUAAAGUUGUUGCUGCACUGCUAAUUAGCUGACGACAGGAUUGUCUCGAGUUAAAGUAAUCAACAGCAGCUCUUGCGCAGCAGCGAGAAGGUUGAAAGUCAGCGUGGGCUCAGUAGUGAAAAACAGUGGCUAACUCGCAAUCCUCUUCUUCUACUUUUUUUACUUCAUUGACUUGAUAAAAUGCAAAACCGUUCUGACCAGUUGGAAAAUGGGGAAUUGCCCGUAGCACAACCGCUUUUGUCUGGCCAACAGCAAACAAACAAAGACCACUCUCGUCUAAGAUCGGCUUCUUCCCCUUCACGUUCGCCGGACCAUCACGGUGGCAGACUCUCAUCGGGGCUCAGUUACGUCCCACGUCCCCGAGAACUUGAUUCGAGACGUGAUGAUUAUUAUCGUGGUGAGUCAAGUACUCGUGACCCUCAUUAUUAUUACAGUGAUGAGCUUCGCGACACGAGCCGCGGUGACCAUUAUGGCGGGCGUCGAGAAUCAAGCCGUGAUGACUACUAUGAAAGACGUCGAGAAUCAAGCCGUGGUGGUGACCGUCAUGACGGGCGUCGAGAAUCAAGCCGAGAUGACUUUUACGAAAAACGUCGAGAAUCAAGCCUGGAUGACUAUUAUGGAAGAGGUCGAGAACCGAGACGUGAUGAUCCGUAUGAAGAACGUCGAGAGCCUCGUCUUGCUUCCACCAGCUCUUCACUAAUGCCGGCAUCGGUUCCGUUCACAUCUAAUGCUGCUGUUGCUGCUGUUGCUGCUGCGCCUAUGGCUACUACUAACACGACCAUCACCACUGCUCCCCAACCUGCUUCAACACGAGGUAUGACUGGCACGAAUCUUAUUCCUUUGGCGACUCGAAAAGCUCCAAAAACGAUCGUUGACACUGGUAAAGUAAUGCCAACAAAAAAAACAACAACAGUUUCAGCAGCAGCAACAACAACAGCGACAACAACAUCAGUAACAGCAGCAGCAACGAAUGAAACUGGUGAAAAGCGUGCUACACAGCCUAACGGCGCACAGACCUAGAGAAAAAAGCAUUCUCCAUUCUAACACACAACAUACAAACAAACCCUUCAGCAAGCAGGAAGGAAAAUGCAGCGUCUACAAUCGUAUCUCAACGGACCACCCGACCCCCCAGCUGAUCUUGUUGUUUGGACCGGCGUGUCGGCACGUAUGCACCGUCGUAAUCUAGUAAUGGAUUACAGCGGCGCUUUUGCUUUGGUGUGGGAAAAAGGCGACUACGAAAACAGAGCACAUUCCUUCA